UAUGUCGUUGAUUAGUUCCUACCCGUAGCGUCGGGAGAGCAUCGGUCGAUGGCCCAAUCAUCGACGUUUACCGGAUGUGACGUCAAGUCCCGUUGCCCAUAGCGCGUGGACAAGUAGCUCCCCUUCAUUUGCCGAGUAUUGAUUGGUUGACGUUACCGGCUAAUAGGUAGUGGGGGGUGCCGGUAUCGAUCAGCCGCGUACGCCUGAAAAUCGGCGUCAUCUUUCUCUUCUUCUCCAGUUGGUGUUGAGUGUGGACGUGUCCUCAGAUCAAUUGAUCAUCAAAUGGAAAACGGAGAAGAUUUCUCAAAGGACGUAUCAGCUGAGGGCCACCAAAACGGUUCAGGAGACGCUCCGAUGGCAGACAGCGGCAGUGCCGACACGCCUGGACGUGAUGAUGAUAGGAAAUUGUUUGUUGGUGGAUUAAGUUGGGAAACGACAGAUAAGGAACUCAGGGAUCACUUUGGACAGUAUGGAGAAAUAGAGAGUAUAAAUGUAAAGACUGACCCAAACACAGGCCGAUCAAGAGGAUUUGCCUUCAUUGUUUUUAGCCAUGCAGAUGCCAUUGACAAGGUAGUUGCUGCUGGUGAACACACAAUCAAUAACAAAAAGGUUGACCCUAAGAAAGCAAAGGCAAGGCAUGGGAAAAUAUUUGUUGGUGGACUGACAACAGACCUCAGUGAUGAUGACAUCAAGAACUACUUCUCACAGUUUGGCAGCAUUAUUGAAGUUGAAAUGCCAUUUGACAAGACCAAGAACCAAAGGAAAGGAUUCUGCUUCAUCACAUUUGAAUCUGAACAAGUUGUCAAUGAGCUCCUGAAGACACCUAAGCAGACCAUUAAAGACAAAGAGGUUGACGUAAAGAAGGCAACGCCAAAACCUGACCAGAUGGGCCCUAUGAUGAUGAUGGGUGGUCGUGGGGGUCGCGGAGGACGCGGUGGAAUGCGUGGUCGUGGAGGCCGUGGCGGAUACAACCAAAACUGGAACCAGGCGUAUGGAGGUGGAUACGGUGGUUAUAGCCAAGGCUAUGGCUACGAUGGUUAUGGUGGUGGCUAUGACUACUAUGGCGGUGGUGGCGGAUAUGGAGGAUAUGGCGGAUACGAUUACUCCAACUAUGGUGGUUAUGGUAAAUACUCAUCUUCCUCCAGACAGUAUCACUAAGUUGUGCGCAAGUGAUGUGUCGAUGACAUUGCCACUAGGCGAAUGUGAGAUGUUGUAUGGUCUAUGGUGUGUGGUAUGAAUGAAUGUCCUUUGGGUUUGUUUGUCACCAUACAGUGCAAAUGCAAAUAGCUAGAUUUUAAAUAUAAAAAAUAUUUACAGUAUUUUUAUUGAUAAUUCAACUUAUCAAGCUUCAUUUUAAGUUUUUGAUUAUCACCAUCAACCGUGUCUUUGACUUGUAUGUAUUGUAUGUUUAUGAUCUCUAUCUGUUUCUGGAUAAAUUUCUCAUUAACAUUUUUGGACAGUUUCAUCCAUGGAAAAAAUCUCUGAUUUCAUUUAAUUUGAAAAUUUACUGCAGGACAGUAUUUUUUUUUUACUUAAUUUCCUGUUCCUCCAUAUGAAAAAUUAGCCAUAUGACAAAAUUUUCUUUCAUCGUAAGUGAUCCAUAAAAACAUAAAGUUAGACACCCUGUAUAUUUUCUGAUAAUCAAAAUUGUCUGAUGUGCUUUGAACAAUGUAAGUAAUGAUAUCUACUUAAUCUCCUAAUAAUCUUUAGAAUUUUUUUUCUUGAGUUGGUGUAUGUUUUUUUUUUAGAGAGAUGUAUUUACUCUAUUGAUUGUAACUGUAGGUUGUUUAGCUUCUAUUAAAACAUACAUAUAUUACUGUGUAGCAAAAAAUCUAAAUCAUCUUAUUAACAAAUUUUAUGUUUUAUGGAUCAUCUAUUGUAGAACAUGCAAGCCUGGAUUUUAUUCAUAACGAACACCAUGACCGUUAUUUUCCAAUUUCAUAAAACUUCUGAUUAUUUGCAAGUUACGUGAAAUUGGCUGUGAACAUGUAUAUUUUUAAAGUAUUUAUACAGCAUAUCAGACUUUAUACAGGGUGUGAUAUUCACACUAUAUACAUAAGUAUAUGAAUAUAUUUAUUUAAGUUUACACUUGUUUAAACUUAAAAAUUUUGAUAAGUGGAAAUACAUUGUGAACUAUGGCUUGAAUAAAGCGCUGUUGAAACUGUAACCCCUCAUAAUGUUUUCCAUUUUCCUCUCACCCACACAUACUGAUAUAAAAUUUCCAAAUUGGCUCAAACGCAGAUGAACAAUUUUCCAAUUAUUUGCUAGAUUGAUUUUGUUGAGUAAUCAAACUAAUUCAGUCUUUUAAUUUGUGUGCAUAAACGCAGAUCAAGGAUAUGGCUAUGAUGGAGGAUACGGUGGUGGACGCACCAACAGUCGCGGAAAAGGUACAUGCGAUGGUGUUCUAGCACGUCUCACAAUCUUUGAACGUUUUUUUUGUUGAUACUGCUUUUAAGUUUUUUGGGAGUUCAUAUAAUAUACUAGCAUGCUCACUGUUAGAUACAAUUGAAUUUGUUGAAUCGGAGCAGUUUCCUUUUGUCCAUUACGUUACCAUUUUUGUAGAGGAUGUAGAGGUUGAUAAGAUAUAAGCCUUCAUUAGGCUUUAUUAAACGUUCUUUCAGCUGAACUUGAACUAUCAAUGGGACAGUUUAGCCAACAUCCUGCAGUGCAGUGCUAUAUACUGAAUAGCUGUGACAGUUUGCAACUUUAACCAACAUGCUGUCAAAUGGCUACUACUAUUCAGCAUAAAAGCCUUGCUCUGCUGGACUGCUUUAUAUUGGCUGAAUGAUCCCAUUGUGAAAUAUUCUGCAAACAGAAUUUCAUGUUGGGCAGCAAUUGUGAAAUACUUGCCCUGGAGUUUAUAUCUCUUGUAUAGUGAGAAGAGAACCUGGGGCAUUAACAGUGCCAUGAGAGAGCUCCAGAUAUUUGGAGCAACCAUGGCUGAAAGGUAUGUACCCUUGUUUCCCAUGGUUGGACAUGUAAACCUAAACUUUUGAAGGAUCAGUAAUGUGGCCAAUUUUUAUCUAUUUCUUGUGAUGGAUAAUUUUUCUCUGCUUCUGUUGCUACCUUAUCUAGACCAUCUUGAUGACCGUUAAGGUGGCACGUCCUUUUUUUGUUUUUAGAUUUCUUUUCAUCUUCCUGUUUGCAGCAGUAUUCCAAAAAAUGUUUUCAUUUAUUUUUGUCAAAAAAUACAAUUUUUCUACAAUCGGAACUUAUAAACAAAUAUAAAUACAGCUCUGAAAUUAUGUGUGAAUAUUCCUCUUUUAUGGAAGAAUGUAAUGACUGAUUACUUUUGUUCUUAUCACUUCAAAAAAUCUAUGAUUUUCUUUAAGCCUCGUCUCGCAGCAAGUUAAGUUUACAAGAAAAGCAAAGAUUUUUCAAAAAGGAAAAGUGAUGAGAACAAAAGUAAUCACUCGUUUCAUUCCUCCAUAAAAGAGGAAUAGUCACACACAAUUUCAGAGCUGUACUUGACUAGUUCCGAUUGCAGAAAAAAUGCACUUUUUGACAGAAAAAAUGAAAACAGUUUUUUAGUCAUCUCUAUACACACCAUGAAAUUAUCGGACGGAAAGGACUUAAAUACUGCUGCAAGCAAAGCAGCAAGAUGAAAAAAAAUCAAAAAGAACGAGCCUCCUUUUAACAAGCAUGAAAUAACACUUGACAUGUGAAAGCAGUGCUAUUUAGUGGACAACUUUUAGUUGUGCUAUGCGAGCCUGGUCAUUUAUGGCAUUUGGCUUCUAUAUCUUUACAAAUUGAAGAGUUGUUAAUGGGCAAAAGAGCUGCUAGAAUUCACUGAACUACAUGACAAGCUUGUAGACAAUUUAGCAAAGUUAUACUUCCAUUUUUGACAGUAUUAGCAGCCAUAAUCUUGUCUUUCCAUUUAGAUCUGUUAGGUAGACACUUGUAUUGAUGAUGUCUGCGAAAUUGCAUUGUAU